AUGGAUGCAUAUCGCAACAUCGUAAAUUUGUUGGCACAUGCAUUUGUACAUGCACACGACACCGACAUGAACGAGAUGAGACAGCGGGUGAACAACUGUCUCACCAUCGACAACAACGAUACACGGGAGAUGUGGAAUGCAAUGCUGAACGAGGCCCAUGAAAACAUCACUUAUGAGAUAUUGGAAAUCUCGUUUUGUAUUAAUAAUGGGUUGCAGAUGACCCCACUACUGAGAAAACGGCUAUGGGAGUUUGUGUACAGGCUUACGAUGCAACAAACAAGAUCGAACAUCCAGCGAUUCGAAGAAUCCAACCAACUUUUCUACAUCCAAACAACGCUGUACACAGCAUCACGUGUCCAACAACUACUGCAAGAAUUUCAAGACGAGGAGCUGGUAGCUGGCCUGGAAGACUUCCGCUUUUUGUUCCAGCGAGAACAACAGACCAACCCCCGUGGAAGGCAAAGAAGCAAUAGACAGGCCUGGACAGACCACAUCACAGCAUUGGAAACUAUCCUACAGGAAUACCGAAUCCUUCGACGACGUGCAAAGCUUGUCAUGACCAGACCGCGCAACUACAAAUUUGCAUUCAUCGUUGCACAUAUCAUAGACAGCACCGGGCAGAUGAUCCUUGCAUGGGCAACCCAGAGCAUGCAAGACGCGCUUACAUCGAUUGAACAAAUCGAGAGGGAGGGCGACAAUAUCCCUGGGCAGCAAAAACGGUCUUCCAGGACAUACGCAGACUUGGACGAUGACAUCACCGCUGAGGACGAGAUAUGGCCAGACACCGAUUAA